GCGACCAAUGGGAGGCUCUCUCCAAGUGCCAAGGUACCAGCCUCCUGCUCGCCUCUGCGCCCAGCUGCGCUCCACUUAAGCGGCGCCACAGGACCGUCAAGGCAUCCUUUUCGGCGGAGUUGCGCAGCGUGAACGGACCCUGAUCGUCCCGUGGACCGCCGCUGGACGUAGUCACCGUGCAAACAAAGGGCCAGAGAGAGAGAGAGACCGGGCACCUCCUGGGGGGUUACUCGGGUUCAGGGCUCGGGCAACUUAAAUAGCUGCGCACCAGCGCGCACAACAGCUAAAGGAGCGUGGGGACGUGUGGAGGCAGCUGCGCACCAGCGUAGCCGGGAAAGAGCAUAGCCGAGAGAGCAUCGCGCCGGAGGAAAAGCAGCACAAAGCCCUCUUCCGAUGCCUGCCCAACUAGCUCACGGGGAGGCAGAGCUCACCAGCUCCGGCACCUCUCAGCUUCCCCCAGAUUUCUCCACCACUACUGCCUUCGCCCGCGUGGCCCAGAAUGGGGCAGCUAACGUGGAGAAGGUCCCCUCUGCCCAUGAGGACGUCGCACCUCACAGAGAGAUGACGGACGACGUUUUCGAUGAGACCUAUCGCGAGAAAGAAGGCCCCAAGCCGCAGAAGAGAUACGUCUGGAGGAACAUAAUCCUCAUGUCCCUCCUCCAUUUGACUGCCAUUUAUGCUGCUAUCUGGCUCACCCCUACAGCGAAGUUUGCCACCUUGGUGUGGGUAUUUGUUCUCUUUGUCUUGAGCGGGCUGGGAAUCACAGCCGGAGCACAUCGUCUUUGGAGCCACCGUUCCUACAAAGCCGGCCUGCCUCUCCGAAUAUUCCUGGCGGUCAUCAACUCCAUGGCUUUCCAGAAUGACAUUUUUGAGUGGGCUAGAGAUCACCGUGUCCACCACAAAUACUCUGAAACGGAUGCUGAUCCCCACAAUGCAAAGCGAGGCUUUUUCUUUUCUCAUAUCGGCUGGCUCCUGGUGCGCAAACACCCUGAUGUCAAAGAGAAGGGAAAGAAGCUGGAUCUCUCCGACCUGAUGGCUGACAAAGUUGUGAUGUUCCAAAGGAGGCAUUAUAAAACCUCUGUGGUGAUCAUGUGCUUCCUUUUCCCUGCUGCUGUGCCUUGGUACUUCUGGGGGGAGUCCUAUCACACUAGCUUCUUCAUGGCUUCGAUCCUCCGCUAUGCCUUAAUCCUCAAUGCCACCUGGCUAGUGAACAGUGCGGCACACAUGUAUGGCAACCGGCCGUAUGAUAAGACCAUCAACCCCAGAGAGAACCACUUUGUCGUAUUUGGAGCCCUAGGCGAAGGUUUCCACAACUACCACCAUACUUUCCCCUAUGAUUACUCAACCAGUGAAUUUGGCUUGAACUGGAACAUCACAACAGCUUUCAUUGAUCUUAUGUGUUACCUGGGCUUGGCCACGGACUGCAAGCGGGUGUCAAAGGAGGCCAUCAUGGCCCGGAAAAUUCGGACUGGUGAUGGUAGCCACAAGACUGGCUGAAGGUCUGCUCUCCUCCAUCUCCUUUCCUCCCUUCUUUCUCUUUCAAAUAACCUGGGCAUAUGUUUAAUGUUCUGCUUACUAACUACAAAGCAAUGCUUUCAGGAUUCUCAAGGUGAUGACUCUAACCCAUUCCAGUACUAUGUUUUGAAAUAAUGUAUUCAAGACCUGUAACUUUUACAGGGGACAUCUCUCUCUCUCUCUCUCUCUCUCUCUCUCUCUCUCUCUCUCUCUCUCUCUCUCUCUCUCUCUCUCUCUCUCUCUCUCUCUCUCUCUCUCUCUCUCUCCUCUUGUUUUUCCUGUGUUCUCUCGCUUGCUUUCAUUAGAAGCUGGUAGAACACCCAGCAAUCUUCCCUGCAGCUGAUUGGAGGGAUUGAGCCAACAGAGUUUCACCAAUGGAGCGACUCCGUUUGCAAUUGCGCAUGUUUGGGUCAUCUCUCCCUCUCCCUGGCUCUUGAGACCCUUGAUGAGUGAAGGGUGACUUGUCCUGUCUCAUGUUCUUGUAGAGAAACUCGAGUCUGACCCCUUGGGCCAGGGGCUCUGAAAUCCCCCUGGCGAGAGCAGAAGGAGUGGGUUUGCUAUUGCAGAGGUUAGGGGGCAGGGAUGGAAAGUGAAAGGAGAAAGCAUUUUGUAAGGGUUGCAAAGAAGCCUGCUGGUUAGUCCUAGAAUUAGGGGUUGGUUUUCUUAACUGGAGCUGAGUGAUGUUCUACCUCUACCUCUGCCCAUGUUCUAGUGUCUGCCCAUGUUCUAGUGUCAUGAAACUGCUCUUUUCCGGCACCUGGGCGCUAGUUUGGAAACCAAGCGGCCUGUGCAGGGUUAUGAGACGCCUAUGUACGAAAACUACACAAAGGAGCUGGUUGCUGGCUGGAACAGAUUUGGUUGUGAACGGGUUCCGAGUGGGGAAAUGGGCAUGUUUUGAGGGUGGAAAUGAGUGCACCAAAGCAACACUUCCCAACAGGAAAGAGGAAAAGGGAGGUACAGGAGGGGUUUGAACCAAAGGUGUGUGUGUGUCACAGGCCCAAGCUGCUUUUUGUGUGUGUGCUGGAAGAGUAUAUUUCCAUUCGGAUGCAGGACGGUGUGUUUGUUGGUGUAGGUAAAAACAGAUCGUUUUCAUUCUGCAAAAUAUGGCAGCCGAUGUCCACACAGUGAUCCCUGGAAGGAUCAACUAAGGGCUGAAAUCAAAGGGCCAAGAAAGAAGUAUAUUCCCUAUUCAGGGAGCUUUAGACUGUUUUCGAAACACCAGGGCAGCAUUAGGUGUCAAAAUUUUGCACCCCCCCUAACAACUUUGCGCCCAGGGCCACCGCCCCGUGGCCCGCCCGCCCCCGCUAUGCCACUGCUUUCUACACAGAUUCUUUGCAGGAGAGCUUGUGAAAGGAGAGAGAGCGAGAGAGAGAGGCCACUUUUGCAAUCCAUAGGAAAGCUGCUUUCAAACGAGGGAGGUGUUUGCACAGCCAUUACACACAGAUUUCUAACAGGUUGACAAAGAUUACAGCAUUCACACACUUGAUUUGAUUAUCUGCUACUGGUGAGGGGGGGGGGCAUUUGCAGUGAUGAAUGUCACAUGGCCAAAAAGGGCACAGCUUCUGUACUAGGGAGAGGAUAUUUUGGCAGACGCUGCUGCUGUUUUAAUUUGUGAAUUUAUGUAGAGUUGGCAUAUGUCUGGAAUUCCAAUGACAGCAUUAGUGUUUGGGGGGAAUUUUGUGAAAUUGACGAGAUGUCCAGGUUUUUGAAACUUGCCCCCCCCCCAACAGCUCAACAGCUUCCCCCCAAAAGCAACCCUAAUUUAGGCAUUGCAUUAGUUUCCCUAUUUAGUGCACCUCUUUCUGCCACGCAGAGAAGUUUCACUGCAGUGAAAUUUCCCUUCCUAGCAUCUAGCCACCUUAACGGAGAGGUAUUGUGUUUCGAGUAAUGUGAAACGUUAGAUCAGAUGCAACCUAUUGAUAAUUCAUAUAAAAUAUCAGCAGAAAGGGUAAGGGAGAAGCUGAUUCUGACUCCACAGAGAGUUGUAGUGCAAGUUGUUCAAAGAGGUUUCCAAUUCUCCUCUCCAAGAAGGGAACAACGACCCCACUGCUAGCUAGCUAGCUCAGCUUACUCAGAUUGGAUGUGUAUAGGAUAUUGACUAAUCCCCUGCCAUGCCAGAGUUUGCAGCAGCCUGUCCACAGUGGAGCCUCUGAAUUGUUCUGCACUGCCCAGCUGUCAGCUGAUUUACAUUUGAAUUACUCAUCAGUUAGCACUGAGGCUCAGCAAAAAGAUAAAUCCAGCUCAACAGAAAAGCACAUUGCAAAAACAGUACAGCUAAAGCAGGCCCUGAUCUAGGGUGAUGACGUUCUUUUCUCUGCUGUAUUGCAGAAUCUGGUUCCUGAGAUUAAGGCUGCAACCGUACGCCUGCUGACUGGGCAUAAGCCUUGCUGAGUUCCGUGGGACUUGUUUAGAAUCAUAGAGUUGGAAGGGACCCCCAAGGGUCAUUUAGUCCGACCGCCUGGAAUGCAGGAAUCUCAGCUAAAGCAUCCAUGUUCCAGUUAGGAUUGCACAGUGAAGGCCCCCAAACAGGGGCGUAGGGAGAUAGGGGCGGUGGGGGCGGGCCACCCUGAGCGGCGGGCUCCAAGGCGCACCAUCGUGGGCGCCCGCCCCGCCCCUGGAAUGCAUGUCACGCCCCUCUGGGAGGCACGCCGUGCCCCUGGGAGGUGCGCCACGGCCCUGGAAUGUGUGCUCCGCCCCUCCGGGAGGCGCGCCCCGCCCCUGGUGCCAGAGCAUGAAGCUCCGCCCCUGCCCCCAAACCAACCUCUUUCUGUUCCACUGUAACACCGGGGCACAUGUCUGUCUCCUUCCCCAUGACCCAAAUGUUCAAACUCCCAUCAAUAUUACAGCUUCUUGGCCACCCUGCUCCUUGUAGUUCAGCAGGAAAUACUUCUGGUUCCCGGGAACAUCUGGCUGACCUCUGUUGUUUGUCUGAUUCAUCAGUCCUCUUCUUAUGAAAACCUUUUAAUAGGAAGUGGCAGUUCCUGACAUUUCCACCAUCUGGAGGUGCAUGCCUGAGGAUCAUUGGAUCUGGGCUGUUUUCAUACACUAAUACCCCAUCCUGUAGAAUUCUGUCACUUACAUUUUACUGGCACAAUUGGAAUUAAUUUCAGGACCCAAAAUGCUUUUUCUGUGUGGCCUGAGCAGGAGCAGUCUUCCCCCACCCCACUGCCCUGCUCCACAGUUGUGAAGAAUAUGCUUACGUUAUGAAUAGUCCAUGUCACCAUUGAGAAAGAGAGGUAGGAAUAGGCCAAUAGAUAUGUGGAACAUCCCUGGAUCAAGUGACGUUUCUUCCUUAAGUUCUCCAAGUUCUUAACCUGGCUCAAGGUUGUCAUCUAAACUAGCCAGAUGUUUAACUGAGACUCAAUCACAGUCCAUCAUUUGAAAAAUAAGACUUUAGAGUAGGCAUCCCCAAACUGUGGCCCUCCAGAUCCCUAGCUAACAGGACCAGUGGUUGGGGAAGAUGGGAAUUGUAGUCCAAAACAUCUGGAGGGCCGAAGUUUGGGGGUGCCUGCUUUAGAGCAAUCUUGCCCCAAAAUGGCAACUAGACAUUCCGUUUUGGCCACUGUAACCUUGGUUUAAGGGGAGCCAUUUGGCCCUAGCUUACGUAUCUGAGUUUCUAAUGCUGGUAGACACCUAAAAAAUGCAGAACCUGAUUCUUUGUACAGGUAUGUUUGCCAGGUGACUAGAAAUGCACUUAGUGGCAACUUGAGGUUCCUGUUGAGUGCUGGGCUAAGCAGCCAUCACUCUCAUGAGAAUAGUUCAGGAGAAGUUCACAGACUGGGGUGUCUCCUUUCAUCACCAAAAUUUUUCACUGAAUCUGACAUAGGAUGUUUAGAAUACAGCAGUAUUGGUUUGGAUGCCAUUUCACAUUCCUGAAUCCAUUUGUUCGGCCAUGGCAACGAGCUUGGCUAUGACCAACAUUGGGUGGCCUCAGUCAUAGUGCUAGGUCAGUGCGAUUUCUGAAGGCUUAUCCUUGCUCUAAAUUGUACCUGGAAGACACUGGGGCCAGUAAUAAAUAAAGACCACAGAGCCUAGGGCUUGACGAUCAGAAGGUUCGAAUCCCCACAACGGGGUGAGCUCCCGUUGCUCGGUCCCUGCUCCUGCCAACCUAGCAGUUCGAAAGCACAUCAAAGUGCAAGUAGAUAAACAGGUACCGCUCCGGUGGGAAGGUAAACGGCGUUUCCGUGCACUGCUCUGGUUCACCAGAAGCAGCUUAGUCAUGCUGGCCACAUGACCUGGAAGCUGUACGCCGGCUCCCUCAGCCAAUAAUGUGAGAUGAGCGCGCAACCCCAGAGUUGUCCGCGACUGGACCUAAUGGUCAGUGGUCCCUUUACCUUUAAAUAAUCCUCCUAGCUGAGUCACCUGCACAGCACAGCCUCCCUAAGUGAUGUUUCCCUUGCAGCCAUCACAACUGUGUGCUCUCUCACAAAAGGAAACAAGUGCUAUUGACUCAGGUGUUGAGAUUGCCACUUGAUAUGGGCUAAGCGAAUCCAAAACUUUUGGGUGUGGGAUGAAAGCAUAAGCAACCAAACAGUUCCCAUGUUGGUCCAGACACUUUGCGGGGGGUGGGGGUGGGGGUGGGGUGUUAACGGACAAGUAUUUUGAUGUGCCUUAAGCUUUUCUUGAACAUACGUAGGAAGUAUCAAGAGCUCUUCGCAGUAUUUUAUUUUCAUCUGUGCUAAAUUAUUUCUGAAAAAAACACUUUCCAGAGGUAUUUUUAUGUUAAUUAUUUGCCUGCGUUGAAUUGUGGGUACAGAUGUGUUUUUGUUUUUUUAAUGUACGGUACUUGGUUAAUCUUCUGUUAAGGUAAGGAAUAGUUAGAUCACUUAAAAAUAAAGCCGUUUUUUGCUUCUCCUUUUUUUGUGUGGUGCACAUUAUAUCUAGGAUGCAUUCUCUAGAAGGUGACCACUCUGGUUAGCUUCUCUCUCUCUCUCUCUCUCUCUCUCUCUCUCUCUCUCUCUCUCUCCUUUGUGAUAUGGGCUGGAAUUAUGUGGGUGUUGAAUGGAGUAUGCAAUCUAGCAGUCAGAGCAGAAGCCUAGUUAUUGGGAAUCCUGGGUUCUGCUCUUAACUGCAAUUUAAACUACAAUCCUAUACUUAGGACCUUGGAGGCAGCCCUAUUGAAUUCAGUGGGGCUCCCCCCCCCCCGAGUGGAUUUUGUAUAGGAUUGUACUGUUAGAUUCUUUGUGAGUGCAAUGGGCAAGUUCUUCCUCUUCUCUUCUGCCUGCAUUUGCUGCCGUGCAAAAGGGCAAAAGCCCCCAUUUUAAAAGGGGGAUACUAAUGUGGUUUAACUCGAUGUUCUGAGGUAUAAGUCACCAUUGACUAUUUGGGACUAAACUGGCUUUCAUCUCAGUGCUUCAGCUUAAUUGGCUUGAGGUCAAACGGACCUCAGGUGUUAGUAAUAUCCAAGUAGCAGUUACACAAGCAAACCAUCGGAUUGCAGCGAGCGAAAGAGUUUGAAUCUGGAAAACCAAAUGCCGGAACAGUGGAGACUGUGAAGGUUAAUGUGAAUUGUUGACGCUCCUAUGCUCCUGAUGUGUGUGUGCAUAGGAUCUUUGUUUGCUUGUUUCCCAUUAAAUAUUUCCAUAUUUUAUGUGCUGAAAAAAAUAACAAUUUUCUUCUAAUAUGGAAUUGAAUGUCUGAUUUAUGCUGAUCUGAAGGUGUGUUUUUGUUUGUUUGUUUAUAAUAAAAUGGUUGGUUUUUGAAUUUGA